AUGUCUCUCUCUCUUAGCCACAAACAGGUCUCAUCUGAGCGAUGGCGCAGUUUUCAGGGCUUCACCGAUGCACCAACCGCGCAAAUCGGCGCCCAUCGAAAUCUGAAUGUGAAUCCGCAUCAUCCGGGUCCUAUCAGAUAUGCUCAAGCCUUCAAAUUCGAAACACUCCAUCGCUGA